AUGUGGGCUCUUCAGUCCUAUAGCUGUGAGCACUGUGGGAGUGACUUCAUCAGUGACCGAGCUCUGAAGUAUCAUAUUCGACAGAAACAUCUGGGAAAAGUUCACUGUGAAAAAUGGGGCCAGGAAGUUCUCAGGGAGAAACUCCAAGAUCACAGUAAGUCUGUGCAUGACAGCUCUACCGUGGUGACACAUAAGCUAAAUGGGGAGAAUUUAGAAGAGAGGAAUAUGAAGCACACGGCUAAAAAGAUAUCAAAAACCUGCAGGAUGUGUUCUAGGCACUUUGGCACCGUCCUUGGUCGGGAAAAGCACGAGAUACAAGAGCAUCACUUCACAGCCAGUAAAAGAGCCCAAAUGUCCACAGGAUUUUCACCUCAUAAUAUGUUGGAGUGUAAAAAUUCCCAAGAGCUACAGAGGUUUGCAGAUGAAAAAAUUCGACCUUCCCCUGGUCCUCUGAGUGCUGCUUGUGCAGCUGAAGUCAGUGCUGUGCUCCAGCUGAUCCAGGCUUGCUUUCCAGUGCCAGCCUCCCGAGUAAUCCAGGGUGGUUCUUUUAUAAAGGGCACUGACACUAAAGGGUACUCUGAGAUUGAUGUCGUGUUGUUCAGUGAUGUGUUUGCCAAUGUGAACCUUUGCAAGAAACAACUGAAAGAAGGACUGGAUGCUUUGAGGAAAAACUUGAAGCAAACUUCAUAUGGAAACAGGUCUGGGAUCCUAAUGGGGAAAAGAGCAUCGUUGUCCUUAAGGUUCAAUUUUUUAUGCAGUGGAAAUCUUCACAGUCAUUCUUUUGAGAUCAUGACCUACUAUGAUAUCCUGGGCCCUAAACCCUCGACAGGAGAAAUAGCACCUUUGGCAGGUGCGGCCGCCAUUGCUGACAGUGCUCUCUUUGGUAGGGCCAUCAGUAAUUUUGGUAGCAACAGUCACCAAAAAGAUUUAAAACUUCACCUUUACCGCAAGCUGUACCUCUGUGACGACAGUGAUGAGGCACAGCUGUGUGCCCUGGCGCUCCUGCCCUACCAAGUGGCCUUUGUCAAGGCAUCCAUCACUAGGGUGAAAGAGCUCAUUCGGUUAAUGAUCCAUUGGUUCAGGACAUCAUUUGCCAAACCCACAGAGGAAAAUAAGUUCCGGAGACUUCCCUCCACUUACACAGUGGAACUCCUCACAAUUCACGUCUGGGAGCUGGCAGGAAAGCCUCUAUUCUUCAGCCUGGUCCAGGGAAUGAGGGCGAUCCUCAAACUUCUGGUUCAAUAUGCAGAAAUUGAUGUUGUUUGGCACAGACACUAUCAUCCCAAGUUCCCCAUUUUUGUCAAAGUUAACCAGAAACGCACAAGGCCAUUCAUCUUAGACCCUGUAAAUCCUACUGCCAACCUGUGUGACAGCUGCAAUGCCUGGGAUGAAGUUGCCCAUGUGGCCAGAUGCAGCCUGGAGAAGCCUCUUUUCAACAGGGUGAGAGUGAGGGCCCCCUGGCUCUUCACAAACAAAUGGUAAACUAGGCUGGAAGAUUUUGUCCGUGGAUACCUUUGGAGAAGAUAAAAGGAUGCAAAAUAGUUUGCCAACUAGAACACUUCAGAUGAAGGGCAAAAUGUGGGAAACUU